AGCCGCUCUGGCUCGAGGGGCUCUUGCCUCGCGCUCCCACUCGUGCCCGGAUGUCGCAGACAGAGUACCUGGUAUCUGUUUCGAUUCCGGCGUUGGAGGGAUUGCCCGAUUUCCCAGGACUCGCGGAGUUGCGAAGCGGGCUUCAGUUUGUCCUCGUGGAGGAGGGGCAGUCAUGGAAUGUUGGCAUCUUGAACGACAAGGUCGCCGAGCAGUGGAAUCGCAGGUUUCAGCUAGAUUCUGGCAUUAGUGCUACGGAUGUGGACAUAUAUUUCAAAGGCAGGGCUGAGCCUGUGAUGCCGUCUGAGCUUUUGUCAGAUUUGCUGCUGCAGACGGGAUGCGGCGUAGUGCAGGCCCAUGUCGUGCGCAGGCACACGUCCUGGCGCGAUCUCAUGCGCGCCUGGCCGGAAAAGAUCCGCGACUUCGUCGACGAGUGGUCCCGCAGGCCUCUGCAGACCAGCGGCCGGUGCUGGGGGGACACGGCCGACUUCGAGGAGGCCGUCGGGCUGGUGGACAAGUUGGUGCUCCGGGGGCGGCAGCUGAACGAGGCGGACAGGCUGAGCGCGAUCAGCGGCCUGGUCAGCCGGGGCCAGGAAGGCCUGCUGCACGCGGCCCUUCAGGUCAUGAGCGCGGGGCACCGAGUCGAAGCCGUGGAGACCUGGGCCAGUCCGAGGGCCCACGAUCUCGGCUCCGCGCAGGGUGUGCCGCCACGGGAAGCCGCCCGGGUUCCAGGCAGGUAUGCAGAGGAUGUCGUGGCUCGUUGGCGGCGCUUGGUGCCAGAGCAGGUGGCGGAGCAGGAGGACAUGGUGGGCAAGCUCGUGGGGCUCGUCGAGAAGCUGUCUCGGGAGCCCGCUGGCGAGCGGGCGAUCUCGUGGGAAUUCGAGAAGCUGGCUCGGAUCAUUGACGGCCUCCUGCGGACAGGGAGCUCUCGGUCGUCGGUGGGAGAUGACCAUGACGACGACGAGGGGGGUGAGAUCAUCAAAGAGCUCAAGAAGUUCCAAGCGGAGGAGGGGGCGACACCCUGGUCGGUUGCCAGGAUGAUGAAGGUCGAGUUCUGUUGCUGAAUCCUGAAGGCGCGAGCUUGCAGGCUUGGGUGGAGUACCCAUGCACUGGGGCAGAGGAGUUGGUUGCUUCCCGUAUGCUUAUUCGUCCACGCCUCACGCGGUCGCAGGUUCUUGAGUCCGCACUUUGGAAUAGGAGGAUCAUGUAUACUGAGUGCUUUGGUACCUGUGGCCGACAGCCCGCGCCAGGAUAAUUACAAACAGUCAAGGUUUCUGCUGCUGUGUGUCGGCAGAGGGUUAAGCGAAUGAUGGCCUCAGCAUUGGACGAUGUGCCAUCUUCUCACUUGUGGCAGCCCGCGUAGAAGACCUCGCUCUUCGUAGUAUGUCGUGAACGUUGCCCUCCACACGAUAACUGCGUGUUGGUUCUGCUGGCUCUCCUCCCCCUGCCAUCCCAUUGCAGCGCGUGUGCCCAGAACGGUCGCAGUUCCGAGCGUUUCCGUCAUCUUUAC